CCGCCGCUUCGACCCGGAAGCUUGAUCAUAGUACAUAAAGUUACUGCAAGCCUUUAAGUUUCUCCCUUCAUCACUGAAUUUCGCUCGACUAAUCAGUUCUCUAUGAGUCUCGAAAUCCCCCAGUUUGUGUUAAACAACCGAAUUAAAAUUCCGUCUGUGGGUCUUGGAUGCUGGAUGGGGAGCCCUGGCUGUGGGGAAAGAGCUUAUGCAAUGGUUCAGAAAGCAAUAAAAUACGGAUAUCGUCAUUUCGACACGGCUGCAGGAUACGGCAACGAAGAACAGGUCGGAAAAGCUAUUAAGGACUCCGGAGUUCCAAGGAACGAGUUCUACAUCACUACUAAACUACCAAAUCUGGCACACAAUCAGGUUCAAGAGGCAUUUGCAGAAAGCCUACGUAAACUUGACUGCGAAUAUUUGGAUCUUUACUUGAUGCAUUGGCCGCAGGCUUCCAUCGACGGUCGCGUUCUCGCAUCAGAUGAAUCUCCGACUAUUAUUGAAACAUGGAAGGAAAUGGAGAAACUCCUUGAUUCAGGAAAGGUGAAAAGCAUUGGGACCUCCAACUUUUCCAUCAAGACCCUUCAGACCCUCCUUCUUCACUGCUCGGUUGUGCCUGCGGUCAAUCAAGUCGAACUCCACCCCUUCCUACCGAGCGUCUCUCUCCACAAUUUCUGCGAGGAGAAAAGGAUUCAAUUAACCGCUUAUUGCCCGUUGGGUCGUCCAAUGGGAGAGCAGCUCGGUCCUCACAACGAUCCAACCAUAAUCAAACUCGCUGAGAAAUUGAAAGUUGAUCCUGGUCAAGUACUGCUCAGUUGGGGUGUCCAGAAAAAUAUCAUCGUUAUCCCAAAGACUGAGAACGAAAACAGAAUGAAGACGAAUAUUACGUUAGUCACUUUAUCUCGGGAAGACAUGGAAGCCGUUGACAAGAUCCAUACGGAGCCUGGGAAACACCGUUCAACUUUGACUUAUCACGACCAAAGCGGGCGAGUGUUCGGGUGGACAUACGAACAGCUAGGAUGGGAUAUGGGAAUCGGUGGGAUUGUUAACGCGUCUUCUGGCGGUGCUACAGUCUGAAUGUUACUCUCAAUCGCAUCAGUUUCACAAAUACGAAGACCAGCCCACCAAACAUGUAAUUAGUACGGAUGUAUAGAUCGUUUUUAUGACCCCGAGAAAUCUAUUCAAUUUAUGCA